UCCAAUUAGUACAUUCUAAUGCUCUUCUUCUUCUUCUAACCCACAAACCCCAUUUUUCUUCAGAAACCUUCAGCUUUCCAAUACAGAAUGAGAAGUAAGGGGAUAUUACAAUGAGUGAAAAGUUUCCAGGUGAUGCAGUGCAGAUUGUGGCAAUGGCAAUCUUCUUUUCUGUCAUAUUGUUAUUUGUGGGAAUUGGGUUCUUGAUCUUAGUCCAUGUUUGGAUUGUUGGGAGGGCUUUCAGAAGAGGAGGGUUUGGUAAUGGCUCUAUGGUUGCCAUGGCCAGCAGUACAGGUGGCACAGCAAGCAUGUCCAAAGAUGACCUAGAAAAGCUUCCUAGCUUUGAUUAUGUAGCCAAUUGGGACAAGCCAGGUAGCCCUGUGGAUUGUGCAGUGUGCUUGGACAGCUUCAAGAUGGGCGAGAAGUGCAGGCUGUUGCCUCUGUGCAAGCACAGUUUUCAUGCUCAGUGCGUGGAUGCAUGGCUUUUGCGGACACCCAUUUGUCCCAUUUGCAGAAGCAGGACUGCUGAGCCCCAGAAAGAAGGGCCUGUUACAGAUGCUAGCGUUGACCUGAGGGAAAGUCAAACAACCGGAAGCAGGCAUUUGAGUGACAUUAGAAUUGAAUUGAGGGAGAACCAGACAACGGAAAGUGGGCACCUGUCUGUCAUCUAAGUGAACAUGUUAGCAAUGAGUUUAGAGAGCCAAACUCUGAGCAUCUCCCAAUCAAUGAGGCUGCAUAACAUGAUUUCACAUGCAAUACAUGCCAAUCCUCUGUGUAUAUACACAUGUAAUAUUUUAUACACCCUAUUAUUGUCAGCUAAAUUUAUUCUUUUUGGCUA